AUGACGCUUGAGGAAGACGAAGAAAAGAUUUCGAGUAAACGGAUUUUUCACUCUCUUAAGUUCCACAAAAACCUAAAACAUAAAUUCUGCGUAUUUCGCCUCCAUGGCCGGUACAGCGAAAAUUCCGACUUCUGUCCUUUGUAGAGGACAUAUUCUCCCAAACUGAUUUGGCUAAAUAAAUAUAUUUAUUUUAGUUACUUUGAUGGUUGUAACCACUAAAACCAAGAUUUGAAUCCUUUGCACGGUUAAGAUAAUCAAAGGCGGGCUAGGGUUUGAGUAAUAUCCCUAUAUGUAUUAGACAUUUCUGUUCUUUCGUGUGAUAUCACAUGCAAUAUAUAUGGCAUGGAUACCAGGGGUAAUCGGCAUAGGAAAGGAGGGAUCUAGACUAUACCGCGAACAAUAAGAGGUUCGGAGAUUUGCAGUACCGCCAGACGGUCUGAUAUGGCCAGGUGGUAAAAACGACAAUUACAAGUUGUCCCCCUGCGUAUCUUUUUGAUGAGGAGGCCACAUCGGGGAUCUGCCCCGCCAUAGCCCCUUCCCAGCCCCUUCAUAGCCCUCUCGCGAGGCGAAGCUAGAGGGAGCACGAGGGACUGGUAUUGGCAGGGCAUAGAGACUUAUGUGUGCCCAUAAAAUAAGAGAAAUGUCUAAUACAUGACCAUGGUCACACGUUGUUAUGCAGUUGGCGGUCAUUCAUAAAAAUGACCAUCCGUGGCAUGAACGACGUUCUUAUGCGCAUAAUUCGACUUCGAUUUAUCCUGCAAAUGUUAGGGAGUUUAUAAAUUUCCACGUUAACAUUAAUGAAGACGCUACUCGAAUAUCACUUUAAUUUAUUCUAAACUGCACGACGCAAUAUCGGAUGGGACAGAGCAUCUUCGUCUACAAUCACCUAGGUGAUUGUAGACGAAGAUGCUCUGCAGUGUUUGAGGCAUAUGUCUCAAACAAGCCAAUAUGUAAAUUUCACGAACUGUGCGAUGUUUAAAUUAUAAAUUAAAACGACAUCUUUUAUGGCAAUCUUUAAGGUUAAGUUUUUAUUGUCUCGUUAUCAAUCAUUAGCUCUUGUUGUUGAGGUACCGCAAACUAACGAUGGAUGGAAUUGCAGAAAUGGACACUUCAGCAUCCCACAGUUUUGCAACGCAUAAACCUGAGUCAUUGUUUUUUGGGCACUAUGUAAUAUCUUGUGUUUACCUUAUUCUGAGCUAGAAUUGAACACAAAUAUUUUAUUUUUGUCCUUUAUUAAAUAUACGUCCAUUAACGCCAGUACAUAAUCCUGAUUUCAAUCUGCUGCUUUAGAAAUAACCGUUCAAUUUAAAAUGGUUAUGACCCGCUCGAACUACGUUUGAGCAAAUAGUACACAAACGACCCAGGCUUAAAUAUUACAGAUCGAUGUAUGCAAUUUUAUCAGCGCUAGCUAUUUUACUACCCCUUGUUUUCGUGGAUAACAAUACCCGUAAGUUACUUGAGUCUUAAUACAACGUUACUAAACUUUGUGUCUCAUUAAACAGAAAGUUUGAAUCUGACCCACCGUGAUGUACUACAUCUCACAAAGAUGAUUUACUCUUUUUUAUAUAGAUUUCAUGAUGCUGAAUUUUAACCUUGCGUACAUUCUCACUUUCUUUAUGCACGCCUUCUACAUUUGUUCGGGUUUUGCCUUAAAUUUCUGGAAACAAAUAAUUGUCACGCCUCUAUAAUAUUCCUGUAAGCAUUUCACCCAAAAGAUAGUGAAUAUUGCGGUAAAACAUUUGACCGGAUUUAAAAACCGCAUGUAUUAAGUGCUACACCUGACAGGAUUUCGCAUUCUUCCCAGAGUUAUUCAAAACAAAGUAUUUUAACAGUAGAAAGCACAGGUACUAAUUGUAGCUCAUCUUCUGCCCAGUCGUCGCUCUAUGGGAAUUUGUCAGUUGUAAUCGCCCGCUCCGUGGCUUCCGAUGGCACCUCAGAGUUAACGCCAGAGUCCUCUUAAUUUUUAAAAAAAGAGUAGGAAUUUCGUUAUACAAUAGGUCGUUUGCUGGUUUAUUUUUCUGUCUCUACGGAUGGACUACAUAUGUAGACUUAUUCACGACAUCCACAUUACGAUGGGCGACAUUUAUACUUCAUAAAGGAAUUAUGGUUUUAUUCCUAAAUGCUCCCAUAAUGCGAAGAAGGAAAAUUUGCUCGCGCAUUUAAUUAAACUUCCACCAGCACGAUGGCCACUGGCCUGUUUUGCACCUGCACCUGUUUGCGAGUGACAGGGUUUUCUAUUGACUUUUAUCUAACCAGUUUCUCUUGCGAAUUGUAAAGUUAAUUUACUCUUUUCUCCGCCUAAUCAACCUGAUUUCAAGAACAUCGGACUUUCCUAAGGUGUGCGAUCAAUAUUUACGGGAUACAAAUCAUAAAUAACCGACGGCAGUUUUUUGAAACAGGGUUUCACGCGUGUGAGGGCUGUUUGAUGAACAUAUUCUGAUUAUCCAUUGAUCGCGCGUUAUGCAGUUAUCUGUGUGCGUCUUUAAUCGGAAAUCCGGAUUAAGAUGAGAUUGUUUCGUAGUCUGGCCUACGAUCAGGAUAGACUUGCAACCAACUCUCUGAUGCGUAAAUGAAUAUUACCGACAACUUUUGGCAGAAAAUGAAUCUAUGUUUUAGUUGAUAUUUCAUUGGCUCAAAUGCCCUACGACCAACUGUUUAUUGUUCAAGUCAUUGCUGAUUUCGAUGUGGGGUUAGUGCGUGACUGGUUGAUAAAGAGGAAUGACUUGCAGCUGCUUUCUCAGCCUCUACUCUCUCACAUGGACUAUUACCCCACUGAGCCACAGGUUCAAAUCGUGUUUCAUUGAAAGAGUGAUUUAUUUCUGUCUCACCUUAUAUAUAAAAAUAGUUUAUGGAAGCCAUUUUUGCGCUUUUGAUGUUUGUUUCGUAUCUUGUGCCAAAGAAUGAUUUCAGAAACUCGUGGUCAUUUUUAAAAAAUUAACUUUACUAUUUUGUUGACAAUGGCAGCUUCUCCGAUUAUGCAAACUGGCUCUUAUUAAGUCGUCGUUUACAUAGUGCCCAUAAAAGAUGGUCACAUUUACCUUAGUUCCUUCUAAGUAGUAUAGAAAGGAACUCCUCCACAGAGGGCCAGCAUGACACUGGACGAAAUUCUGAAAUGGCUUAUUAUAAUGCCCGGUUUUACCUUUGUUAGAACGUUCAUCCAACCAAAGUUCUAUUAACAGAAGGCUUUGUGAGACUCGCCAUAAUGCCAUAGACUGACUCCAAAGUAGACAGGAACUCUCAAAGUUCUCUCAUUAACUUAAGGGGGAUUUUGCACAACAGUCUAUAGUAGAGGCUACUCAUGAUUCGUCUUUCUUCAAAAAGGGUGCUUAAAGGGAGCGUACAUUUUAAAAAUUUAUUUUUUUACUUUGUAUAUUUUUCUUAUUUAUAUACAUUUAAACGGUCGAACCGACAGAUAAAUGGAAGUAGUUCAUUUAAUCCAUGUCCAGAUUACGUUCUUUAUAUUAAUAAGGGGGUAACUUGGACGAUUAUUUUCAUCGUUGCUUAAAUAGGCAGGCCGUUUAAAGAAUGAAAACCCCAAAUUUUGUGGCGGCCUUAGGUUAAGCAAAAUAAUGAAUACCUGUUUCUGCUGUUAUUGUCUCAAACUACGCGUCUCAAAACUGGCAAAACAUUCGGGCAGCCUACCUUACCCAAGGUUAGGGUCAAGCUCUGGUUACGAAACGAACCGUUUUGCAAUAAGUACUUGCGUUUGUCAGUUUAAACCAAGAUUCCGGCUUUAGACACUGACCGAUUUACCGAGAAAUUGACGCCUACAUAAAGUAUUUUUAACAAUUUAACCUCUUUAAAAGUCUACAGAUCGUGUGCUUCAGUCCUGACUCUAGGAGCUGGUUCUGCAACUUCUUAUACUUGCAUUUUGGGCUCUUGCAGAUCACAAUGAACAAUUGGUGAAACAACGGUAAAAAUUCCAAAAAAACUUACAUGACUGUCUCGGCGGCCCAUUCGUGUGGCGCUGAAAAACAAAGGCCACAAACCCCCGAAUCUUUGAAAUGUGCUCCUUCUUUCGAAUGUUUUUUUUACUGUGAUAUUUUCAUGGGCCAAGCCUUUUAUUGAGGUUUAGAUUCGGUAUAUAAUCAGUAUAUUUGACACAAUUUAUGGUUUACUUUCACUAUCCCUGCUGCUCAAAAGAUGCAAACAAUGCAAGAGAAGACGUAACUCCCGGAAAAUCAGUUCAAAAUGUGGACGCUGUCACUAAAACAGAGUCAGCCGAACAGCAUCAUCCUCCCGGCAAAACUUCCACACUGCAUGAAGGUGAUCCCCACUCUGUCACAAAGACCACUCUCAGAGUCGUCAUGGACAGGGAUGAACGCAAUCUGAAGUCUUCGGAAGUCUAUCCCCGCGAUACAGAGACCUACUUCGAUCAAACGAUUAACGAAACCGAAGACUUUUCCGCCCUAAAUGAUGAUUCCCACAAGCCUGAGACAAGUAUGGCAGCCUCAGGAGGUGGCCGACCGAAUACCAACACGUCUAAUCGUGCGGUGGAGGAAACAAAGGACCAGACUGAGCCGCGAGAGGUUCUCAAACCAGUUAGAGUCCUCGGAUUCAAUCAAAACGUGCCUGUGAUAAACCUAAGCACGGGGCGACAUAUAAAACUCUUUUACACUUCGGCACACCUGGGUGUUAUAUACGAUGUAGGAAAGAACGAACAAGUCAUAAUGCGUGGCCAUGUAAGUCGUUCCCUGUCUUAAAACGACGAUAAGCUUCCAUUUGAUUCAAAUACAUUUUACCCCGCGCACGACCUUUUUGCCGAAAGUCCCAGCAUGCAUGUAGUUUCAUAUCCGCCAAUAUUAGGCAGUUUCGAUCUAAAAUCUAUUACUUCCUCAAACCUUACUGCAGCGGGGAUAUUAUUUCUCUCAUAACAUGUUAGAUGCGAGGUCUUUCAUGACGAAAUAUAGCGUUGCAUCCACGACUAACCCAAAGUUCACAAUUUUAUGGGUGGGAAGAUUGACGCAACGAGAAGCAAUGUGGAAGGCUGGUUGGACUCAUCAAAACAAAAAUGAGCUGCAAGGUCGCCGAUAAAUCGUAUGCUGGAUGGCGGAGGGGUCGCUUGAGCUGAAGUUGCAUUUGCCAGUCUAGUCCCGUAAAAAUGAUCUGCAGAAAGGUGUACCACUUAAAUGUUGAGUGGACAGAGGGCUGAGGUUUCUUCGUAAAAUGCGGGCCUAUAGUUUUAUUAAAAGCGCAGUUUCAUAAGAUAUGACUUCAAAAUUUGAUCGACAGUAAGCAUCUAGGAACAGUCGGAAGGUGCUAACUAUUAUCUUAAAACGAUGUCAAGAUAAUUGCAAUUGAAGUCUCUCGGAUUCAUCGAUUCAACUUUGUAUGCUGACAACCCAAUGGGCGGACUUUCGCGGGCUCACUUUGAUAUAAGCAAAUACGGUAAAAUAUCAAGUCGGAUUUUUUAAAGAACAGAGAUUUUACCGAUGAAGGGGCAUUCCUACCGAUCUGGUUACAGUGUAGAUCAUAUUAUUAUUCGUUUGCAUUGCCGCUCCGGUCUAGAGUCCUGAAAUACAGUCGCAUGCUGACUGGUGCUAAUGCAGAAUAAAUGCGGAAAAUGAACCGAGAGCCUGAAGUAAUAUUUCUGGCCUAUUACCCCUCACCAGCCAGACGGACUCUAACACAAAGCUUGGAUGACCCGGUACUUUGGUCGUCGGACGCUAAGUUCGUCAUAACUUCCACUACGUACCUGGCGCGCGCGCCGCCUGAAGAGCAUUUUCAUAGCGAGUUUUUGAUCGACAGAGUAGUUUUCAAUCUCGAUCAUCCCUAACGAUGCAUUAGAGUGAGAAUACAAGACCUCAGACCAAUUAACUUCUUGUUCCAGUGAUUGCCACUUUUUCUUUUGAAUAGUUAUUAAUGUUGACGUUAUCUGGAUCCUGCCUGAGACUCGUCGACCAUAGCGAGCCUCGUUAGCCUAGAACAGCAUAAGGCGUAGCGGGAGUUAUAAGCACGAGAAAUGUGACUGUCAUUGGACAGAGAAGGGCAAAAUCGUUUGCAAAUUGUGCACAAAUUUACCCAUUCGCUUCGCGUGUCUGUUCACCAUAUUUCCACUCAGCACCUCAACUUAUUUCAAUCUUCUCCUAAUGUAUUCGUCCCAUCUCAGUCCUCCUUGCAAGCUACUGCUUGAACUCCACGUGCGCCGUAAACAAUCGCACGGUGACGUGACCCGAAGAACCUCUAUUUUAAAGUGGCAGUACUCUGAAGUGUUAAAUCAGCAGCUUCGGAUUGAAAUUUGACGCAAAUUUUGUCGCUGAUUUGUCUUCUUUGAUUUUUGGAUGCCCAGAAUUUUUGUUAUCUUCACGUAGCUGUAGGCCCUAACAAACCUGUUUGUUUAAUAUCUUUACAUGCUACAGUCGGCAAAAUGUUAAUGAUACUUCUGUGCCUAGGUGAACACUAUAAGAAGCACAUGCUGCAGCAAGGACAAACGCUGGUUGGUGACUGGUGACUCCGGUCCCGACAGCGCUGUUAUCUUGUGGGACGCGAAGACGGUACAGCCGGUGAGAACCAUGCUAGAUACUCAUCCUAACGGCGUGGUUGGCGUUGCUCUGACACCGGAUGCGCGCUAUCUGGCCACACUGAGUUCCGAUAUCGACAACCAAGUCUUCGCGAUAUGGGAUUGGACAACAGGCUCGGACGAACCUCUCUGCCACACUAAUUUGUCACCAGACUUUGGUCUGCAAACAAAGAUUGCCUUCAAAGAGGAUGACUAUUUUCAUGUCAUGACAAACAGCGAGACCCAGGUCAUCUUCUACGAUUGGGUAAGCCACAAACCGGGGCCUUGAUUUCCUGAAUAAUUUGCUUUGAUGAACUUUUAAGUAGGCAUUUGAAGAAGCUAAGAAAGCAUUUUCUGUGUUAUGCGGCGCUUGCCGAAUACAUACCGACGGACAAAACUGUAUUGUCGGCGGAAAGUGAAGUAUUUUUGAAAGCACACUUAGGUGAGCCAAAAGCCUAAACAAAACCAAAACUGUCUUUGGUCAAUUAGCUGUGCCUGGAAAGACUUAGGCUGUAUGAACCCGCUCCUCAUAGCUUGACAGUUAUGGAGUAAACCUUUAAACAAUUCAUCUAUGACGGAAGUCGUGACUACCGCUUUAGACAGAAGACGGGCAUCGUUGAUUGUUGAUGAAAAAUGUUGGAUCGAUAUGGUAUUACUUCACUUGAUGUAACUCAUUUUGAGCAGAGGUAUUAACGCAUGAGCUUGAUAUUGUAAAACCGCAACUUAUUCGAAGGUAACCUCCUGGUUUCGAUGUAACAUUAUCCUUAAGACGAAUUUGAUAUUAAUUUUAUUGCUGCAAGGGAUUCACAAAUAUCCACUGAAGUUCCUGCAAAGUUCCGCUGUCCUCGGCCCUCCUCCCCCCUCACUAAGGACACGCGUAGUGGCUCAAAAUACGGAAAUCUUUGCAGGCAAUGAUAGUUAAGACACCAGAAGCUGCUGACUACUAAAGUAAAAGUGUGCGUUUUACGUAGUUAUUCCACUGGACUUCACAGCACAAAAGCCAAUGCUUGCAUAAAAAUCUGGAUAACGACGGGCACCUACUGUCUGGGCGACUUUACUAUUAAUUCGAUCGGUGAUUUAUGCUAAAAUUAUGAGGAACCAACAUUUGAACUAUUACCAGUUUUUUGGUGGUCUGACUUGUUAGUUGAGCAUAAAGAAAUUGCAAUAGACUGUGGAGAUCGAUAACCGACAUAACAUUUCUGGAGCAUUACUUUUCUAAAACCUUGUGCAACGAAAGUGUUGUUGGUCGUUCUUAACUAUUGUUUGUCUGGGCACUGUACUCUAAUAUGACGAAAAAAAAACAGUUCGUAUACCUGGCGCUCAGAAAAGCAUAAAAAGGUGUAGAUCUCUUCGAAAAUUUGGAGGUUAAUGCCCUAAAAUAACCCUUUCGCGCCCAGCGAAAAAGGACAGGCGCCAAAGGUCAACGUUCUGAUAAUCGGAAGUUUUCUUAUCUAAAUUUGCACAGACUACUUACAUCUUUUGACGAAAAGGACAGUCGUUUUAGCACAUUUUUGUCCCGUUAUCCAGAAUCUGAAUGGCCCAAUGCAGUCCUAUGCUCCACCUCUGAAUAAUGAAACAUUUAAGCAGAGUGUCGGCAAAUUUUCGAACUCCACGUACCUGCCUUUCACCACUACGGCAUUAACUGGCACAUCAAGAGGCAUACUAGUUGUUUGGCAAACCAGUCACCGCCCCAAGAAAGGUACGUUGGCGAUGAUAUAUUGUUUCUUUUGACAUUUAAUCUUUUCCGCACACAAUAAUCGUCAUUUUCUAGUUCAUCCCUCGGCCACUACUGGAUAUAAAUAGAAACGAAUGUUCAAAUUCCGGGUGUGUACGUAAGAAAAAGACUGGUUGAUCACCGAAACCAUUUGUUUACACUUCUGACUUUUCGAACUCGUGUAGGAGUCCAUUGUCAAGAUGAUGACAGCAACAAAAUGAGUGU